AUGCCGCCAGGAACAUCAGCCUCCAAGGUUAACUACUACCUACAGGCGUACUCCUUGGUCGGGCUGCAGAGAUUAGGGCACGACUGCCUUAGCAAGAAAAUGCUUGGCUAUAAUGGCAAAGUAGAGCCUAAGGAUAUUACAGCAGGGAACCAUACAAUCAAGAAAGACUUCCCUACGUAG